CAUCAGCAAUAUCGACGGCGCGGAAUACCACUGCAACAAGACUGCGGUCCGCAAGGUGAUCUCUGGCGUGGUGGGAGCAGCUUCCAGCGUCACGUCCAUCCAGGUGGCCAACCUGCUGAGGCUGUUCAAGAUCCCGCAGGUUUCGUUCUUCUCGACGAGUCCGGAGCUGAGCAACAAGCAGCGCUUCGAGUUCUUCUCGCGCACCAUCCCCUCCGACCACUACCAAGUGAAAGCCAUGGUAGAGAUCGUGCGUCGCAUGGGAUGGUCUUACAUAUCAAUCAUCUACGAAGAAUCCAAUUACGGCAUCAAGGCGUUCGAAGAGCUGGAGACACUGUUGGCUCGCCACAACAUCUGCAUCGCCGUCAAGGAGAAGCUGGUGAAGGACUCGGGCGUCGCUGAAGAGGCCGGCUACGACAGCAUCGUCAACAAGCUGCUCACCAAGCCGCGGGCCAGGGGUGCCAUCAUCUUCGGCUCGGACCAGGAGGUGGCGGGCGUGAUGCGCGCGGUGCGGCGCUGCAACGCCACCGGCUCCUUCUCGUGGAUCGGCUCGGACGGCUGGAGCGCGCGCUCGCUCGUGUCCGACGGCAACGAGCUGGAGGUUGAAGGCACGCUGUCCGUGCAGCCGCAGGCCAACCCCGUGCAAGGCUUCCACGACUACUUCCUGUCGCUCACCGUCGAGAACAACCGCCGCAACCCCUGGUUUGUCGAGUUCUGGGAGGACCACUUCCACUGCAAGUACCCCAACAGCUCGCUGACGCCGUACAACUCCAAGUACACGACGCCGUGCACCACCAAAGAGGUGCUGACUCGCAACAACACCGCCUUCGAGGAUCAGCUACAGUUCGUCAGCGACGCUGUUAUGGCCUUCGGAUACGCCUUCCGGGACAUGCACCGAGAGCUGUGCCACGGAAGGCCCGGCUUGUGCGACGCCAUGAAGCCCAUCAAAGGCAUGGAGCUGCUCAAGUACCUCCGGAAGGUCGACUUCGUAGGUCUGAGCGGCGACAAGUUCCGCUUCGAUCCGAACGGGGACGGCCCGGCGCGCUACAACAUCAUCCACUUCAAGCAGCUGCGGCCCGGACACUUCAAGUGGGUGCGCGUCGGCGAGUACAAGGAGGGAGAGCUGCGACUCAACAUGUCAGAGAUCCAGUUCAAGCUGGGACACCCGCAGCCGCCGGAGUCGGUGUGCUCGCUGCCGUGCGAGAGCGGCCAGGCCAAGAAGUACGUGGAGGGCGAGAGCUGCUGCUGGCACUGCUUCAACUGCACGCAGUACCAGAUCCGGCACCCGACGGACGAGACGCAGUGCCUGAUGUGCCCGCUGGGCACGACCCCGGACACGGCGCGCACGCGCUGCCGCGACAUCCCCGAGGUGUUCCUGCGCGCCAGCAGCGGCUGGGCCAUCGGCGCCAUGUCGCUGUCCGCCACGGGCGUCCUCGUCACGCUCUUCGUCGCCGGCGUCUUCGCGCGCCACAACGACACGCCCGUCGUGCGCGCCUCGGGCCGCGAGCUCAGCUACGUCCUGCUCACAGGCAUCCUGCUGUGCUACAGCGUGACGUUCGCGCUGGUGCUGCGGCCGACAGACGUGGUGUGCGGCGUGCAGCGCUUCGGCGCGGGCUUCUGCUUCACCGUGGUGUACGCGGCGCUGCUCACCAAAACCAACCGCAUCGCGCGCAUCUUCCACGCGGGCAAGCGCUCGGCGCGCAGGCCCUCCUUCAUCUCUCCGCGCUCACAGCUUUGCAUCUGCAGCGCCCUCGUCGGCGUACAGGUUCUGAUCAACGGCGUGUGGAUCCUGGUGUCGCCGCCGCGCGCCGUGCACCACUACCCGACGCGCGAGGACAACCACCUGGUGUGCUCGUCACACAUCGACGCCUCCUACAUGAUCGCCUUCGGCUACCCCAUCGUGCUCAUCGUCGUCUGCACCGUGUACGCCGUGCUCACGCGCAAGAUACCCGAGGCUUUCAACGAGUCCAAGCACAUCGGUUUCACAAUGUACACGACGUGCGUGAUCUGGCUGGCGUUUGUGCCGCUCUACUUCGGCACCAGCAGCCACGUGCCGCUGCGCAUCACCAGCAUGUCCGUCACCAUCAGCUUGUCGGCUAGCGUCACGCUUGCCUGCCUCUUCUCGCCUAAACUCUACAUUAUCAUCGUGCACCCUGAGCGCAACGUUCGCCAGAGCAUGAUGCCGGUGCGGUACAGCGCCAAGAGCCCCGCCGUCACGGGAACCACGCAGACAGGCAGCAUGAUGGCCGCCGUCGUCUGCGGCCAGAAGCCGCCGAUGCACCCGACGGGCAUCUCAUCGCAGACCACCGACUCCGGUAUGGAGCUGGAACUGCGUGAAGACGUGGUUCACCAGCGCCGACCAGUGGUGCACGGCUGCGUGCUGCUGCUGGUGAACCGCUCGACUCAGACAGAGCCGCCACCCGCUGAGCCGCAGACGCAGCCGCAGCAGCAGGAGCAGCAGGUGCAGACCCAGGCGGUGGCCGCGGAGCACGGCAGCAGCAACGGCCCCGUGGCAGGCGGCCAGCCGCAGCUGCAGGCGCAGCAGCAGCAGCAGCAGCUGCAGCAGCCGCAGCAGGUGGACGUGCAGUUAUAGCGGAAGCGCAGCAGGGCCCACCGGCACUCAAGCCGCAGGCGGCGCUCACCCGUCCUCGUGUGAGAGACACAGCCUGCGCUGCGCCGGUUGCUGAGGCUCAGCCCUCGGCGUUCAGCACUGUUGCUGGAGACUGAACGCCCCUGCCACGGCGUCAAGCGAUUACGUGAAAGAUUCCAAAGGUGCCGAGACAGUAACUGAGAUUCUUCCAUUCCCCUUUUUUCUUCCUGUGGACUAGGUAAAGUUUUUGCUAUCGAUUUCUUCUGUAUGUGUGAUCCGGGUUCUCAUUGUCAACCCAACGAACUGUUCAGUGUAACGAAACACUAUAUGAAAUGAAGAAGAAUAGUCGUAAUUACAGUUUGUUCAGUAUUAUGAAAUGAAAAACGUAGUCCUGUAACAGUGUCGGAAAAGCUGUUCAAACUGGAGCUGACUUUUGUCCUGUCCCUUAUGCCAAGCAUACCCUUCAUGUACAUAGUCUGUCAUAAACAUAUCUGUUUUACUCCUGAGCGAAUGCAUUCGAAGUAAACCGUGUUGGUUACCAUUGUCUAAUGACUUCUUGAAAUUAGCCUUUAGAGUAACUCUCGACACUUCUACAGUACAGAACUUAGUUUCAUUUCCUAGGAAUUAGUAAAUUCUCUCACAUGGAUGCUAAAUAGUAUCUACGUUCCUUAAGUGUAGAGGUUUGGGAGAUGGUAAUGGUAAAACAGAAUGUGUCACAUGUUGAGCCCCUGUGGCACAUUCCUCUUAUCCGUCAGUUUCCAUUGAGAGUUGUACAACAUUGUUACUGUCAUAUAUGUACAAAGUAUUAAAAUCUGUGAUUAAGUAAAUUAAGAAAUAUGUGAUUCAUUAACCAUUUAAAAUCAUCUGCAAAUGAUAUACCAAAUAAAAUAGGAGGUAGCAGUCACAUGUAAACCCGUUUCAUCUGUGUAUGGGCAACUGUCAACAUUAAACCAUAUGAAAAUUUGCUUUUAAC